AUGAAGGGAGACCGCAUCGGCUGGAUCAAGGAAGUCACAACGUGUGCCUACCUCAUGGUCGUCAAUACGCCGCGCCUCUGUAACGACGUCGCCUUCCUCCCGCCGCGGGCUACGAGCGCGAACCCCAUCAGCUGCCAACUCAUCCUCCCAUCCGACGACCCCAGCGCGCAGGCCGAGUGGCACCGCCGCAAGACACUUGAGGCCGAAGAGGCGAUGGGGGGGAAGAAGGUGGACGCCUCUACCAAGGAGGAGCAGGAGCUGCAGAAGAAGCAACAGCCCGACCCCAACGCUAGGGACAAGGCCAAGGGCAUCAACGUCGGCGGCGUCAUCGUCGGCGCGCGCAACGUGCUCGCUGACGCCGACGAGGAGGGCAAGCCUCCCGCCAAGCUCGCGCCUCCGCGUAGCUACCUGCCGGGGCGUGGGCACGGCCCGCUGGUUGAGAUCAUUGCCAGCGCCAAAAGCAAGGCCGAGGGAGGCACUAUGGAGGUCCUCGACGAGGACGAGCUCAAGAAGCUGGACCUGAGCCCGGAGCUCGUGGAGGAGAUGCGGGCGGAGCUGGAGCGCAUCGCCGGCGACAAGGGGUGGAAGCUCGAGGUUGUCGAGCAGCCGGGCGACCCCAGGGAGAUCCGGGGCAUCGUCGACCACGGCUCCGAGGGGGAGCUCGGGGAGGAUGCCGCCAAGGGCAAGAGGAAGAAGAAUGGCGCGGCGGAGGAAGACGGGCAGCACGAGCAACAGCAGCAGGAGCAGGAGGGUAGCGAGGAGCAUUUCUUCAAGGAGGACCUCUGA